UUCCAACACGUUAACAGAAGCACCUAACCAUUCAAAAACCCUCACACCAAAUCCCACUUCAGUCUCCCUCUCUCUUGUUUUCUUUUUUAUUAUUUCAGAAGAAACAAACGACCCACGCGAAACCACGCGUCAAGCCGUCAAAAACAUCGUACACAGUGCAGAACCCACCGCCUGUCGAGAAAACCUUUUAGAACAUCGCCUCAACCUAACAACGAAAGCAAAACCCUCGACUCUCGAGAACAAUUCAGGAUAGCAUUUUUCUCCAACAAGAGAAAGAAAGCCCAGAGAGAGACCAAGAAUGCCAUCAGAAAUAAGCCAGGGACACCCAACAGAAGCCCAAAACACCAUGGGGGCUACACACCAACCACCAAGAACGACUGAGCCACUGCCUUGUCCAAGGUGUAACUCCACCACCACGAAGUUUUGCUAUUACAAUAACUAUAACCUCUCUCAACCUCGCCAUUUCUGCAAGUCAUGCCGCCGUUACUGGACACAAGGUGGAACUCUCCGUGAUGUCCCUGUUGGUGGCGGUACACGCAAGAAUUCCAAGCGCUCUCGCUCAACUUCAAAUAAUUCUUCAUCAAUAUCUACCUCAUCUUCUAAUUCUACUUCCUCGAAUUCUGCAACUUUGACUGCUUUCACCACCACUCAUGAACCCGAAUCCAUGCCAGUGGUUUUAUCCUCGACUACGGACUCUGGUUUAGCAGCUGUGAAAACUGAGGUACCGGCCGGGUUAAAUCUGAAUGACGGAUUACCUUCUGAAGAUGGAAACUUCAUUUCGCUCAUGAACUCUAACGAUCAGCAUGGGUUUACUGGUCUUGGCGGGUAUGGAUACGCGUCAGGUUUUGGAUUCGGGCCUAGUGAAAUGGGUAUUGGAUUUGGUGGAAGAGGAUCUUGGUCCUGUCCUGUAAUGGAAAAUGUUCUUGUUAAUGGUGGUACUUCUGGAUGUCAUCCAUGGCAGCUUGAUUGUGAUCAUGUUGAAGGAGGGGGGCUUCAAGCUGGAUUUACAGCAGAUACUGAAAAUUACUUUGGUUCGUGGCCUGAUCUUGUUAUGUCUGCUCCAGCAGGAAAAGGUUUGAACUGAUACUGGCCUUUUCUUUUCACAAAAAGAAAAAAACAUGUUCCCUUUUGAUGUCCUCGGAGGUUUAGUCUUAUUGAUUGCUGCAACUUAUGUUAAUUUCAAGUUGUGUUUUUUGUUUACUGAGCAAGACCGUAUAGACUAUAGGGUUAUGGUAUAGAAGAUGGAGAAGUUCGAAGCAUACCUCUUGUGUAAGUGAUUUCUUAAGGUCUUUGUAAAGCUUUUGGGUUCUUGCUCGAACAAAUCUUUCGAAGAAAAUAUAGAAAAAAAUAUGCUUUUUUGUUGUUUA